GAUGCGUCAAACGUUUUACAAUGYCCAGGGUAUAAAUAAGGCUGCGCGCAACGAGUAGUCAUUUUUCCAAAAUCAAAGGAAAGAAACUAAGGAACAGGAACGAAUCGUGUUUUUUCUAACUCUCCUUACCAUUGAUAAACUACUAUUCUUCCUUAUUCCAGACUCUCCUUAUACCAUGAGUGGAUUAUUUCACAGAAAUGUAUUGGUGGCAGCAGCGGUAUGCUGCUCUGUGCUGGUCCGGUCUGUCCUGGGGUCCCCGGUGUUAGCGCAAGAGCCGAUCCGAUGCGCCCCGUGCUCACCGGAGAAGCUGAGCGAGUGUCCAGCGGUGGCGCCCGGCUGUGCGGAGGUUCUGCGGGAGCCUGGUUGUGGAUGCUGCCUCGCUUGCGCCCUGAAGACGGGGGAUCUGUGCGGAAUCUACACGGCGCCAUGCGGGUCCGGACUGAGGUGCACCCCGAGGCCCGGCGACCUCCGGCCGCUGCAUUCCCUCACUCGCGGCCAGGCUGUAUGCACGGAGAUCCCCGAGCCCGAGAGUAGUCCUGUGUCCCAAAACCCCGACCAAGGAGCGGCGGACAAUGCCGAGACAGAGAACGCUGCCAUGGUAUCAGACCCCGGCUCCAGCCUCUAUCUCCACGGCCACCGCAAGCCCUUCGAUCCCCGAGCCGCCGCGGACGCGCUGGAGAGCAUGAAAGCCAAAGUUAACGCAAUCCGAAAGAAAUUGGUGGAGCAGGUGAGCGCUCACGGAAAAUGUACUAACAGUUUUGCAAUUAUAAUUUAACGUUCUUAAAACUUUUGGAGAGUCAAAGAACGGUUGGGUUGUGGGUAAUUAGCAUCAUACCGCAAGGGGGCCCUCGAGUGACUUUGAAG